AUAAUAUUUGGAGAUACCACACCAUUGCUUCAAAAGUAUGCUCUUCAGAUUGUCUCCCAAUGCACCCCGUCAAGUGGUUGUGAGCGCAAUUGGAGCUUGUUUGCUUUGGUGCAUACACAAGUUAGGAACCGUCUUGGUUUUGAAAGGCUGCACAAGAUGGUGUUUUGCCACCACAACCUUGGGUUGCGAAUUCGAGAAAUUCUUGAUGAGACAAGAGAGAAAGAGGUAGAUCCGUGUGAGAUUUUGAUGGAUGUCUCCCUCUAUGAUGGUGACAAUCCGAUCAUGGAUUGGUUGGCCAACCCGGAUGACUCCACGCCUUCCAUUGACGAGUACAAUGACGAUGAUCGUUAUGAAGAUCGUUAUGCUUCACCUGCUCCAAUUGUUGUGGAAGUGACCCAAAGAAAAAGAAGCCAUUGGAAUGAUGGUGAAGAAGAUGAGGAGGAGGAGGUGGAGGAUAUAGAAGAGGAAGAGGAGGAAGAGGAUGGAGAAGAGGAAGAGGAUGGAGAAGAGGAAGAAGAGGAAGAAGAGAAUGACGAUGGUGUUGAUAAAGAUAACAAUUAUGAGUUACCUCGAGAUGAAAAUCAACCUAUUUCUUCCUUCCGCAAGUCAAAGUCUCGCCGCUAGUCUACUAGGAAGAAAAAGAAGAGCGCCAAGCUAUUGGCUAACUUGGAAGCCGAAAAGGAUGGGCUGAAGAAGAUUUGAAGAUGGACUACAGAGGAUAUUUCACCCCCUUGUUUUGUUGGAUGUAAUGACUAAUGAACCUUUGGCUAUAAUGUGGACUGUAAUAUGGACUGUAAUGUGAAUUUUCGUUUGUAGUGGACAAUGGACUCUAAUAUGGACUUUUUUAUGUGGAGCAUGGUUGUCCUUACACAUUUUUGUUGCUA